AUGAAGUUACGCCCUGAAUUUGAGGUUACUCGCUCCAAUUUGAUGAAUCGUGCUCUUGUGCCAUCUUUGGAUGUUUGUUUUGGGGAGUUACUUCGUGAGGAGCAGCGUCUUGCCACACAGGCUACUUAUCAGUACGAAAAAAUGAUACCCAAUGCAGUGGCUUAUGUUGCUCAAGGAAAAGGCAAGGGACGAGACAUGCAAACAGUUCAAUGUUUCAGUUGCAAAGAAUAUGGUCAUAUCGCUAAUAAUUGUGCCCGGAAAUCUUGCAACUACUAUAAGAAGCCUGGGCAUAUUAUCAAAGAUUGUCUUACUCAUCCUGAACAUCGUCAGGCUAAUGCUUAUCAGGCUACUGUGGAUUCCGCUUCUUCUACUUCUGUUGAUGACUCAUCUACUCUUACUAUUGAGAAGGUUCAGCAGAUUAUUCUUUCAACUUUUUCAGCCUUAGGGCUGCAAGGUAAUGAUUUCAUUUCUCCCUCCUGGCUUGUUGAUUUGGAUGCAUCUAAUCACAUGACUAGUUCUUCUGAUACACUUAGCAAUGUUCUGCCUUAUACUGGAUUGGCACACAUUCAGGUUGCUAAUGGUAGUCAGUUACCUAUUCAUGCUAUUAGGGAUAUGGAUUCCAAUGAUCAGGUGUCGGGCAAGAUACUCACGAAAUGGCCUAAAGUUGGACGUUUAUUUCCUUUACAUUUUUCCAUUCUUGAUGUCAUUUCAUUUACUUAUAACACUGUGAACACUCAGUAUGAAGUGUGGCACAAACGGUGCGCUUUUAUGGGUUAUAGUGCUUCUCACAAAGACUAUGUUUGCUAUGAUCCAUGCUCUAAUCGCUUUUGUAUUUCUCGUCAUAUUGUGUUCUUUGAAAAUCAAUCCUUCUUUCCUUCUUCUGUUGAGUCUUUGACUGAGAUGCAUGAUUUGCCUACUUUUGAUGACUUGGUUACUUUUCCUGACCGAUUCAAAUCUGGACUUGUAUAUGAAAGACGACACCCUACUUUGCCCCUUCUUGAGCCUAGUCCGCCAUCUAAGCCUGUUCAGAUUGAAUCUUCUACGAGUUAUUCUGAGGCCGCUAAACAUGAUUGUUGGCGUGAGGCAAUGGCCAAGGAACUUCGGGCUCUUCAGGAUAAUCAUACAUGGGAUUUUGUCCCUUGUCCUGCUCAAUUGAAAGCCAUUGGUUGCAAAUGGGUCUAUUCCAUCAAGCUGCGUUCUGAUGGGACUCUGGAUCGGUAUAAGGCUCGGUUGGUUGCACUUGGUAAUCGGCAAGAGUAUGGAGUGGACUAUGAGGAGACUUUUGCUUCGGUUGCCAAGAUGACUAUGGUUCAGACUAUUCUCUCGGUUGCUGCCUCCCAAGUUUAUGUUGAUGAUAUUGUUAUUACUGGGAUGGACUCUGCCCUGAUCACCCAAUUGCAGCAUCAUCUCCAGGCCUCCUUUCAUAUGAAGGAUCUUGGUCCUCUUACUUACUUCUUGGGGUUGGAAGUCCAUACCGAUCCUUCUGGCAUUUUUUUGAAUCAGCAUAUAUACACUCAGGAUCAUAUUACUUUGGCCAGUCUUCAGGAUACUUCUUAUGUGGAUACUCCUCUGGAAGUUAACACAAAGUAUCGUCAGGAAGAGGGUGAUCUCCUCUCUGACUACACUAUGUAUCGACAGUUAGUGGGGAGUCUGAACUAUUUGACUAUUACUCGCCCUGAUAUUUCCUUUGUUGUUCAGCAGGUGAGUCAGUUCAUGCAGGCUCCACGUCAUCUCCACUUGCCUGCAGUUCUUCAUAUCAUUCGCUAUCUCCGAGGUUGCCCUAGUCGUGGCAUGUUCUUUCCUAUUAGCACUCAUCUUCGUCUUGUGGCUUACAGUGAUGUUGAUUGA